UUAUAAGGUAGUGUUAACAAAACAGCUGACUAUUUUUUGCUCACAUUCAUGUUUUUUCGCCGCGGUGUAGAGUUAAUGUCAAACUUUGUUUACGUUUGGUUAAUGUAUGCAAAAUGUCAAAGUUUGUUUAUAUUUUUAAUUUGACAUUUAAAAGUGUGCUUUUAAAAGUAAAACUAAAUUUAUAAUCAAAUUGUGAAAAAUUGUGAGUGAUAAAAGUGUUAUUAUUGUGAAAUUAAAAAAAAAACAAUGCGUUGUUGCAAAAUAUGUGGGAAGAAAGUGGAGGCUGGAGGUGGGACAUUUUUUAAUGUGCCCAAAGACAUUCAAAAAAGAGAAAAAUGGAGUGAGGUCUGCCAAAUGACUCUAACCUCCAAUGCACGUAUAUGCAUUGACCAUUUUUUUCGAAAAGACAUCAUAACAGCAGGGCGCAGACUUUUGUUAAUGCCGAAUGCAGUUCCAAAUAUUAUUCAGGCCGAGGAACAUCUAGAUGUUGUUGUGGAAGAUGUUGUAAUGGAGUUUGUGAUGGAAGAACAUUCCGAUUCUGGCACAUCCGGAUCGGAAUGUUAUUUUAACGGAGCCAUAUUGGAAGAAGGUGGGAGCAGUGAAGCGAAAUAUACUGAUUCUGGCACAUCCGGAUCGGAAUAUCGCUUCAUUAAAGAAAGUCUCAACGAAACCAGAUCAUUGAACCAGUGCACAGAACGUGGAACGCAGACUGAGUAUCGCUUCUUCAACAUUAAUGAGCUAUCCGGAACAACUCCAUUACAACAAGACUUAAAGGAUCAAGGAUGUCAAACUGAGUAA